UUCACAACCGUUCGAUGGAGAUUGAGGUAGCAGCCAUGUUGUAGCGGCGAGAAGAGCGAGUUGGUGGAAAAGCACAAACCGAAGAAAUUUAGAGUAAAAUCCGUACGGAUAACCGCGCGGUUCGGAAGGACCGUCCAGUUUGCACCCGGUUAGGACUCAAGACAUCUAGAAGACACAAUGAGCGGUGGGACGCCCUACCUCGGCAGCAAAAUCAGCCUCAUUUCGAAGGCCGAGAUCCGCUACGAAGGAAUCCUUUACACUAUUGACACGGAGAACUCGACUGUCGCACUUGCUAAAGUACGUUCCUUUGGCACUGAGGACCGCCCCACUGAUAGGCCCAUUCCACCUCGAGAUGACACCUUCGAAUACAUCAUUUUCCGAGGCAGUGAUAUCAAGGACCUGACUGUGUGUGAGCCGCCCAAACCAACAUGUUCUCUGCCUCAGGACCCUGCCAUUGUCCAGUCAUCCAUGGGCUCCAGUUCCUCCUCUGCAUCUGCAGCUGCCCCGACCCCAUUCCAGUCUGCUGGUUCAUAUGGCCUCUUCAACCGGGCUCCAGUUCCUGCCUACAACCAGUUCAGCACCGCCCCUUUGGUUUCCCCUCAGUUUGGGCCUGUUGGUGUCGGCCGCAGCAGCCCUAGCCUGGACCCUUUGCGGAAGAGCCCCACUCUGGAGCAGGUGAUGCAAACGGCCCCGUCUGCCCCGACCGCCGCCACCACGGCUCCAGCUCCCGGCCUGGGACGCAGGAGUCCUGCCCACGGUCGCACAGCCCCUUCAGGUGCCGGUCAAGGAAGCCAGAAGACGCAGCACCAGGAUGGAGUGGACGCCAGGAGGGGUGAGACUGUCAGAGGGGGCCGCAGCAGCCAGGGCUGGCCUGCACCUCGAACCAUCUCCGCCUCUCACAUCAGUGCUGUAGAUAGGGCUACCACUGCAGGGUUUACCCACUCUAUCUUUAGCCACUCAGGCACAGAUGUCCCGAAAGUCCCCAAACCAGAGUCUGAACAGGCGCGAGGUGAAGGCAGGGAUGCCAGUAAACGUUCCACAGCAGCUGCUGGUGCUCCGGCAAACCGACGUGGGCGAGGAGGCGGCCACCGUGGCAGAGGGCGAUUCAACGUACGCCGAGAUGGCCCCAUGAAGUUUGAGAAAGACUUUGACUUUGAGAGCGCCAAUGCCCAGUUCAACAAGGAGGAGAUCGACAGAGAGUUUCAGAGCAAGCUGAAGCUAAAGGACGAGAAGACUGAGAAGCCCGAUAAAGCAGUGAAUGGAGAGGACAAGGGCGACUCUGGUGUUGAAACUCAGAACAGCGAGGGCAACGCGGAUGAGGAGUGUGACCCUCUUGGUCCAAACUGCUACUAUGACAAGUCCAAGUCUUUCUUUGACAACAUCUCUUGUGACGAUACCAGGAAAGCAAAUGAGAAAUCUGGAGCUUCAGGUUUUCCAAGGGAGCGGAGGCAGACCUGGGCAGAGGAGAGGCGGAUGAACGCUGAAACAUUUGGCAUCCCUCUGCGCCAGAGCCGAGGCCGCGGAGGGUACCGUGGCCGUGGUGGUAUGGGCUUCCGUGGAGGUCGGGGUCGUCCAGCAAGCCGAGGGUCCUUUGGCCCACCACAGGGGGGCAGUGGAGGUGGCUUUCGGGGUGGAUAUAGAGGAAAUCAGGCUGGACGGGAGUUUGCUGACCUAUCUGCAUACAGGAAGGACAACAAAGUGGCUGCAUAGUCCCAAUGGGAGGAAGGUUCUACAGAAAGGUGCAACUUUGUCACGCUUAAACGGGAAAACAAGAGUUUUGGUUGCAACUUUUUGAAUUAAAAGAAUGAAGAUUAUGUACUAGUUGUAUAUUUGUCACCAGCACUGGGGUAGACUGCUUGAAUGCAACUUAUUUUCCAUAUCUUUCAAGGGUGGAAACAACAACGCAGAAAAAUAUACAAAAUGUUGAGAUCUCUACAAAAUUAUUUCCCAGUGGCUGAAAUAAUUUUGUAUACAUUUCAAGACGGACGGUAGUAAUGUUUUGUUGGAUGAAUUCUCUCCCUGCCCCUUUCCUAAUCUUGUAUUUGAUAAUAUUUUGUUAAGUCUAUUUGAGUUAUUUGGCUGUGAUGCUCACUGACAUAGCUUUAUUUGGGGGGUGGGUGUUUCCUGUAACUUCAGCACCAAAAUAGCCCACAGGGUCUCAAUCCCACCUUUCGAACAUGUAUUUUUCUACUACAUAGACUCAUCGUGUCUGUCUAGUCGGCCCGCUCACUAUCGCAUCUUAUCCCACCUGUCUCGAGUGGCAUUGCUUGUGAUUUUUCGCACCUGAAAUCUCUUCCGCAUUAACUUUUUCAAAACUUCUGCAGCGUUUCUUUUGUCAGUCUGAAUAGUUAUGUUAUACAUGUGGUGGUAGCGUCAGUCAACUUGUAUUCUUUACUAGUUUUAUUCCCAAUCCACAAACAAACUGGGAAAAAAGAUGGAGCAUAGGUCAAAUAUCAAGGUUCUGUUUUCUUUUUCUGUGGUUUACUUCAUGGGCCCUUUGGUCUUAGUGUGAGUUUUGAGGUGCUACAGUUAGACCUGCAGUGUAAAAUACACAGAUUAGGACUAAAAUCUAUUUUAGGUGUUUUAUGGUGGGUUGGAUAGGACAGAUGAAGGUGACUGCACUUUUCCAUGAAGCUAUAUUCGAUAUGUUCAUGUUCUUACAGUAUGUUCAUUUUGUUGUCGGGCUGCUUCAUGAUACACACUAAUUUAUAGUUCUUGAAAUUUAACUUAACUCCUCCAACUUUAAGCUUUUUCACUUCACACCACAAGAAACAACACAAGCCAUAUUAUCACCUGGGCUCAUUUUGUCUGCCACUUUUUUUUUUUUUAAGGAAAAAACCUCCACCUGAUGCCACUAACUUUGUCCCAUGUCACUGCAUGGUGGUCGAUAGUCCACUGAAGAUACAAAAGUGAUGUCAAGUAUAAAAAGAAAAUAAACGACUAGUAAAACAGCCUAGCUUUCUGGGUGUAGCAACAUAGUUUUCUAGCAAUAUUAAUACUUACUUUGAGGUUACGAAGGAUAGAGUCUGAUGAAUUAUGACUGAAUAAUCUGAUGCCAUCUUGGCCUGGCAUGAUUUAAGUACUUAAACUCGGUGUUUUGAUUUGACAGAAAAUUGUAAACAGUUGCACUUUUCAACGUUAAUGAGAAAUGCUGUUUUAGUUGUUAAUCUGUCCUGAGAUUGUACUCUGUUGUAAUUCCUUGAUAACUGACUCCCCACAGGCUUUAGGCCAAGAACACUUAAACAUAGAGAUUGAAAAUAAUGCUCUCCACAGACCUGGUAUCAAAAAGUUGAAGUAGUUUAAGGUAUAUUGUACAUUACAAAAGCAGGCUAACAUGACUAUUAUUAGAUUUCCAACAAAAUAUUUUAGCUCUUAUCCAAGCACUUACUCAGCAGUUAAGAGUUUAAGGGAGAGCUUAAGUUACUUGAUAUUUUCUUGGUCCAGGUCUGGUUCUGUAAAGUUGCUUUUCUAGAACUAUGUCUGCUUCACGGCUCUGACUCCAGAAUGAAAAAAAACCCUACAAUUUUGUGCAAAGAUGUCAGCCUGACAUGCAAAGCUACCUUUAAAGUACUUAAUUAUGCUCAGGAAAUGUAGAGAUUUGUUUUUUUUUUUUUUUUUUUUGAUUCGCCUUAAUGCUAGAGAAUAAAAGCUAACAUCACAUCAGAGUUUAGAGAUAUGUAAUGGGAAACGAGAGAUUUGAGAUUGUUGUGUAGAAUUGCACACUGCUGUUGUUGAACUUGUGCACAUGACUUUUUAAAAUCUUGAUAAAUGGAUAUGUUUUCUCACUGUUUAAGUAGCUCUUCUGUGCAUUAAGGCUUAAUGUGUUUUACCCAUGUGAGCUUUGUUGGGAGCCUUGAGAAAACUUGAGUUGGAUACAACAAAACAGAGUGCUGAACUACAACACAACAGGUCAGAGUUUCUGGACUUAAACAAUAUGUUGAAGUAGUUUUGGUUGUGUGAUCAUUCCUCCUCUUCAUGCUGGCUAUGAAGCUUUUUUUUGUACCAGGAGGUGGCGCUGUAAGAAUUGCCCUGUACAUUAAAAGUCCUAGUAGAUGGAGUCAAGCCUGUUGGGUGUUUUUCGAAGUCUGACUUUUUCAUACGACUCUUCCCAUUUGUGUUUCCAUGGAAAGUUUUUUGCCAAGUGGCAAGUCCUGGAAGCAAAUGCAGUUUUCUGCAGGGACAAAACACUGCCAAAAAAAACUCCAUUGGCAAAAUAAGUUUUGCUAAUUAAGACUGUUGACACAGUAUUUUUUCUUCAGGGAACAACUUUUCUACAGAUUUGUCAUCAAUGGAAGGCCAGUAUGGAGAGGACCGUAAACCAUAACUCAUUCAACACAGGCACAUUUUCUAGUGAGCUGAUGAAAUCAAACUGACAUGUCUCAGGACAGCAGAUACAGGAUGUGUUGUCAGACAUGGUGUGUUGUCUGCAUCUGCUGAUGUUGUGGUUCUGCAGUUGGACUCAGUCUUGACAGCAUUUCUGAGAUGCAUAGGUGUCAUUACAUAGCUGAAAGCUUUUUACUUUCCUUGAUGUGUCCAAACUAAUUUGGAACCUUAUUCAGGCAUCCAAUCCAGGACAGAACUGUAUUUUUUUUCCUCAUUUUUUUGAAAAUAUUUGAUGGUCAUUGAGGGGAAUUUAUUGUUAUGUCAGCAGUGGUUCUCAACUUUUCAGCCUUCACAUGAAAAAUGAAGCGUAUACAUUUUUGCAACCAGACUGUCUUUCAACAUAUGAAGCAUUACAAAAGGUACUGUCAGGGUUGGAUGAUUAAUCAGAGGUCCCAAACACUUGAGCUCCAGUUCAUAUUUAACAUUGGGCAGUCAGUUCUGGUAACUUUUUUUCCAUGUGUUCAGCCACCUUUAUGUACAGGCAACACACAUUCAAAACUGUCAUGAUCCAGGCCUUAAAACAAAAUUCACUGUUUUUUUAAACUGUCUUGUACAUGGGCUCAGAGUUAAAAUUUAGUUAAAGACCUUUUUUAAAUUUCAGUUUAGGGCUGCAUUUCCAGUGGAAGUUUAAUACACCCAUAAUGGAAUCAAUGGGUUAAUCCAACCCUGGCCACCUGAAGUUCUAUUUCCUUUUCAGGUUACUUUAUUGGUAGAAUAAAUUCAAGAAUGAUGAUUCUCUACAUUUUGAGAAUGUUAAAAUCAUGUUCAUUUUUUGUGAGGCUAAGCAGUUAAAGAACCACUCAGUUCUAAAGUGUCUGAAUUGUUGCAGAAAGGCACUGGCCAAAUUUGGGCUUAUUUUCCUAGAUUUUUAAAGGAAGCCCUUUAGCUCUUGAUAUUAAGUUCUGACCAGUGUUGUAUCCAAAUUUGAUCAACACUACAUGAUGCUCAUAUUUGUCAUCGCCACAUAAUCAUGAGGUGGAGCAUAUAAAGAAAACCCACCAAUAUUGUUGAUGAUGCAAUAACUGAAGUAGCUGGUCUGAGCAUCAGGAGGUGGAAAGCAGGCGGGCUGAGGGCGAGUUUGCUUUUCGCUUCUGGCUUCCUUUAACACUCUGGAGUCAUGGCCACGUAUUGUCUUUGAACCCAGCAUGGUGUCCUCCUCUGCGGGCCUCAGUGGACUGGGGUUUUUAUUAAGAGCAAAUAAUAAACAGUUGUUCAUUACUU